GCGCUGCUCGUGCGCGUCUCGGCGCGAGUGUUUGUUAGUAAACUCAGCGCUGAGCUCGAGCAAACUCAGGAAACUUCAGUCGCAGGAACGAAACGCGAAAUGUGGCGAACACUGAGCGGCUUGAAGGCGUCUGUGAGGCGGCACUGGAGGAGGAGAGUCCCGCGGGAGCGCGCCCGGAGCUUCGCCACCGACCCGCGUGAGGCCUCCGCUGGUGUUCUGGCGAGGCGUCUGCAGGACAGUGCUGAUACGCUGGUGAUCGGUGGCGGGUGUGUGGGCGUCAGUGUAGCGUAUCACCUGGCCAAAGCCGGACAGAAGGACGUGGUGCUGCUGGAGAAAUCUGAGCUGACGGCCGGAUCCACAUGGCACGCGGCGGGACUCACCACAUAUUAUCAUCCAGGCAUUAACCUGAAGAAGAUUCAUUACUACAGUAUUAAACUCUUCGAGCAGCUGGAGGCCGAGACGGGACAGGCUGUGGGUUUCCAUCAGCCGGGCAGCAUCAGACUGGCAUCUACUCCUGUCCGUGUGGAUGAGCUGAAAUAUCAGAUGAGCAGAACCCGCUGGCACCCCACGCCACAGUUCCUGAUCGAGCCCGAGAGGAUCCAGCAGCUCUUCCCUCUGCUCAACAUGGACAAGGUGUUGGCGGGUCUCUAUAAUCCAGGUGAUGGUCACAUUGACCCGUACUCUCUGACGAUGGCCCUGGCGGCUGGAGCACGCAUGUAUGGCGCUCAGAUCUACUGUCCUGCUGCGGUCACAGGCCUCACACCCACCGAGGAUGGCAGAUGGGACGUCCAGACGCCACACGGCACCAUACGAGCCAAUCGCAUAGUCAAUGCCACAGGGUUCUGGGCGCGUGAGCUGGGUCAGAUGUUGGGUUUCCCGCAUCCCACCGUGCCCGUGCAUCAUCAGUAUGUGGUGACGGGCAGCGUGCCGGAGGUGCAGGCGCUGCAGACGGAGCUGCCGGUGAUCCGGGAUCUGGAGGGUUCUUAUUACCUGCGGCAGGAGCGGGACGGCCUACUGUUCGGCCCCUACGAGAGAGAGGAGAAGAUGAAGCUGCAGGACAGCUGGAUCACUGACGGGGUCCCUGCAGGCUUCGGGAAGGAGCUGUUUGAGUCAGAUCUGGACCGUAUCAUGGAUCAUGUGGAGAUGGCGAUGGAGAUGGUGCCAGUGCUGAAGAACGCUGACAUCAUCAACAUCGUGUCAGGCCCGAUCACAUACACACCUGAUCUCCUGCCCAUGAUCGGCCCACAUCAGGGCGCACGCAACUACUGGACAGCCAUUGGAUUCGGGUAUGGGAUCAUCCACUCUGGCGGCGUGGGAAGGUUUCUGAGCGACUGGAUCAUUAAUGGUGAACCACCGUAUGACCUGAUCGAGUGCGACCCGAACCGCUACGGCCACUGGACCACCGUCCCGUACGUCUGCGCCAAAGCCAGAGAGUCGUACGGCUUCAACAAUGUGGUGGGUUUCCCCAAAGAGGAGCGUUUCGCGGGCCGGCCCACUGUGCGGGUCAGCGGUGUGUAUGAGCUGCUGAAACACCGAUGCUCCAUGGGCUUCCACAGCGGCUGGGAGCAGCCACACUACUUCCACAAACCUGGAGACCACACUGGAUACAGACCCAGCUUCAGGAGGACGAACUGGUUUGCUCCGGUGGGCCGCGAGUGUGCGCAGGUGAUGCAGGCGGUGGGAGUGAUCGACCUUUCACCUUUCGGGAAGAUGAAGGUGACCGGAGCCGACUCAGAGAGACUGCUGGACCGCCUGCUGGCCAACACACUGCCCAAGCCAAGAGGACGAGUGUAUGCAGAGCUGACCGUCACACACACACAACCUGGAGAGUUCCUGCUCAUCACUGGGUCUGGGUCAGAGCUGCACGACCUGAGGUGGAUCGAGCGUGAGGCGGCUGACGGUGGUUAUGAUGUGUGUGUGACGAACGUGACGGAUGAGAUCGGUGUUUUGGGCAUCGCUGGACCCAAAUCACGGACGGUUCUGCAGAAGCUGACCAGUGCAGACCUGAGCGAGUCCAGCUUCAGAUUCCUGCAGUGCAGAACCAUCGAGCUCGGCUGGGAGCUCUACAUGGACAUGAGGAACAUGUCUGCAGUCUAUCAGGCUCUGAUGGAAGCGGGACGAGAUGAAAACAUUGAUGACUUCGGCACAUACGCCAUGAACUCUCUGAGGCUGGAGAAGGGCUUCAGGGCCUGGGGAGCAGAGAUGAACUGCGACACCAACCCUUUAGAAGCCGGUUUGGACUAUUUUAUCAAACUCAAUAAGCCUGCAGAUUUCAUCGGUAAACAGGCUCUGCUGGAGAUCAAGGCUCAGGGUUUAAGUCGACGACUGGCGUUCCUGACCCUCAACACAGAUGACAUCGACCCCGAGGGAAACGAGAGCGUCUGGCACAACGGGGAGGUUGUGGGAAACACGACGUCGGGCUCGUACAGUUACAGCACUCAUCAGAGCGUGGCGUUUGCGUAUCUGCCUGUGGGACUCACCCAGUUGGGUCAGAAGGUGGAGGUGGAGCUGUUGGGUCAGAAAUACAGCGCUACAGUCACCAAAGAGCCACUGAUCCUCACCGAACCGGCCCGAACACGCCUCCAGAAGAAGAAGAGCGGCGUCUAGACAUCAGCUCAGUGGAAACACAUCCAGUGACACACAACACUGCACAAUAACACACACACACACACACACACACACAACCCUGAAUGUGUCUGGACUCUGGAGAUGGAAGUGCAAAUGCUAUUAUUGUUAAUGUUAAAAGUCCCAUGAAGUGCUUUGAAAUAUCUGAGUUAUUCUGUGUUUGACGUAAUCUCAGCUGAAAUAUGAAGAGAGGGCGGGACAUAUAGUAGCUCCGCCCCCUUUUACGAAAAAUCUGCCAACAGUGUUUGUUUUUCCUCACAGCUGCCAGUGAGAGUGGUUAAGUGCAAUCACUUCAAAAAAUCAGCCAAUAAAGAGAAGGGGGCGGGGCAUGUCAAGCACAAGAGAGCACUUGAUUGGUCAGAGGAUUUGAUGAGAAGCUGGAGUAUGAGGAGACGACAGAAAAUCAUUGAUCCAUUAAGGUGAAAGGGACAAACUGCACACUGUAGAGGUUUAUAUCAGGUUUAUAUCUUCUACAUGUGAAUUUGAUCAGUUUUGGAGACACUAGAUUAGAGAUUAAGACUAACAUACUGAUACUAACACCUAAAGAACAUUCAUUUCAUUUCACUGCACUUUUAAAGGGUCAGUUCACCCAAAAAUCUAAAUUCUGUCAUCAUUUACUCAUCCUUUACUUGUUUAAAAGCUUUAUGUGUUUCUUUAUUUUGUUGAGCUCAAAAGAAGAUAACCAUUGACUUCCAUAGUAGGAAAAACUAAUACUCUGGAAUUCAAUGGUUACAGGACUGCAAUAUUAUUCAAAUGAUCUUUCUCUGUGAUCUAAACAGUGAGGAAAUUGUAAUUUUUGGGUGAACUGACCCUUUAAGCUGGAUUGCGUUAGCUUUAUUAGGUUUUGCUGCUGCUCCAAUGUUUUGUCUUUAUGUGCAGUUGUGAAUUAUUUCCAGUCUUUUCAAUCACUGAGUGUCUUUGUAUGGGAUCAGAUCAACUCAUGAGUCUUAAAAACAGCCAGAGAAGAACACAAUCUCACUAUCACAGAUUAUUGAUUAUUAAUAAAGAUUAUUUCUGUA